UUGUUGUUGUUGCUGGUAGAGGUGGGUGACAGCAUUUCGGACAAACAACGAAGGUUUUGCAGCUAAAACCGAGGACACAACUAAUGUGAAUCACUGAACCAGAGUUGAACACAACUGAGAGUAAAAAAUGGCAGGCUGCUGUGGUUGUUGUAGUGCCAUGAAGCCCAGGUACAAGAGGCUUGUAGACAACAUAUUUCCUGUUAAUCCACAGGAUGGUCUGGUGAAGAGUAACAUGGAAAAGUUGACGUUUUAUGCCCUCUCCUCCCCUGAGAAGCUUGACAGAAUCGGGGACUACAUGGCCCAAAAACUCAUCAGAAGCUUGGCAAGAAGAAGACUUGGGGUCGUGUUUAUAGCUAUGGAGGCCCUGGACCAGCUGUUAGUGGCCUGUCAUGCUCAGACCAUCAAUCUGUUUGUGGAGAGUUUUCUCAAGAUGGUCCAGAAGCUGCUUGAGUGUGAUGAACCUGAUCUUCAGUGUUUGGCCACAGCCUCUUUUAUCAAAUUUGCCAACAUUGAGGAAGACACCCCAUCCUACCACAGGCGUUAUGAUUUCUUUGUGUCCAAGUUCAGCUCCAUGUGCCACAACGGUCUCAGUAACAAAGAUGAUAGACGCAGGGUGCGGACCUCGGGGCUGAGAGGCUUACAGGGUGUGGUGCGGAAGACGGUCAGCGAUGACCUCCAGGUCAACAUUUGGGACUCCAUGCACAUGGAUAAGAUAGUGCCAUCUCUGCUCUACAACAUGCAUGAUCCAAGUUUCGGCACAGUGGACCCAGAGAGCCCCAAGGACGAGGACCACCCCUCAUACGUGGCAGAAACCGUGUUCAGAGACCUGAUUUGUCGAGCCUCAUAUGGAAACAUCAAACCUCUACUCAAGCCUAUCCUCAUGCACUUCGAUAAUCAUAGCCUCUGGGUUCCCAACAAUUUUGCUGUUAAAAUCUUCACCAUCAUAAUGUUCUCUGUACAGCCCCAGUAUGGUCACUUGGUGAUACAAAGUAUCAUGUCCCACCUGGAUACCCAUGCCAAAAGUGACUCCAAUAUCAAGAUCAGCAUUGUGGAGGUGUUGUAUGAGACAGUGCUGAUAGCUGCUGGUGGAUCAGUGGGUCCAUCUGUGCUGGAGGUGUUCAACACUCUGUUACGUCACCUGCGGAUCUCCGUGGACAGUCCCGGAUCAGACAAUAGCCCCACAGAGCGGCGUUUCCAGGAGUCUGUCAUUAACACUAUUGGUGAAUUUGCCAACAACUUGCCAGACUAUCAGAAGAUUGAAAUUAUGAUGUUUGUGAUGAGUAAGAUGCCUCAGUCAACAGAGGAAGACAUGGAGGGGGGCCAGAUGGAUGUCCAACUGCAGACAACAUUACUCAAGACACUACUUAAGGUUGCCACCAAGUACAAAACUGUGCUGAUGUCUAAUGCCUUUCCUUCGGAGCUUCUGCGCCCCUUGUUGAGGAUGUCCCUGGCCAGUGAUCCCGGAAUGAGACUCAUUGUCCAGGACAUCCUCCACACGCUAAUUGACCGACACAACAACACAGCCAAGCUCACCACUGUCCGCAUUCCCAAAGAUAUAUCUCAGCUUGGUUUGACAGUGGACAAGUGUUCCAGACAGGAUAUCAUGUUCAUGAAACGGGUGGGGACAAGUUUCUAUGCCCACCUGUAUGAAAACAUGGAGAAGGAGUCUAACAGACUGGAGAACUACAAGGCCCUGUACUGUACCAUGGCAUUGAUCAGUAUAGAGAUGGGAGAGGAAGACAUCUUGGUGGAGCUUCUGCGGCUUGCAUUGGACAUUCAGGAUCUGGCCGUGAGCAGUCAGCACUUGACGGUGGCAUACCGUUGUGCUAUCCAUGCCAUGGUGGCUGCUUACCUCAACCUGAUCAGCCAGCUGACGUCCAUACCAGCCCUCUACCAGUGCACAGCACAGGUUAUUGAAACUCGUCAAGAGGAGGCUACUCACCUGUUGCCUGAGUUUGCCUUCAAAGAGUUUGAUAUCACAGACAGCAUGGAGUACCCCUCCCUGGAUAACCUCGACCCAUCCUACCUGUUUGAACAGUCUGCUAUCUCUGAAGCUCUGGACAGCUCAGGAUACGACAUUUCCAAACUCAACACGCCGUUUUCAGAGAAAGUGGACUUUAUGGGGCUGGGUAGAGGCAUACAUAGGAGCACCAGUGACAUCCACUCCAUCUCUCUAGAAAUAGACAGUGUGGAUGCCUCUCCUACAAUGGGACGGAGACAGACAUUAUCAGAUGAAAUCACCUUUGAUUCCUUGAAGAAAAUGCUAGCGGAGGACUCGCAUGAUCACAAGGAGGAGGCUCGCAAGAGGAUGGAGAUUCUAAAUGUGUUCAAGAAGGCUCCGUUUGAAGAGAUUGUGGCACGUUCAGAGGCUAAGUCCAAUUUGUUCCACAACAAGCUCAACGAAAUCCUGGAUAACAUUUCGACAGGCACGGAUUCUCCAGAUUCUGGUAUUCGUGUGAACGGCAGAGAUCCAGUGCCAGUGUUUCAGAUGCAGUUCCCAGACCUGUUUGUGUAUUGACACCACAGACAGAAUUCACAACUUUUGUCUGAUACAGCCACGUGUUUGUCUUAGGUAUGAUGGGGAGGCAGCGUAUUUUUGAAUCCUGUUAGGUGGCGCUAGUGUGAAGUAGGACCUCGAGUCAUUGUUACGUCAAAAAUGGUUGGUAGCGUAACAUGUACACAGUUUCGAUGUAUCAGUUUCUAUUAUGACGUUGUACUGUCUUUAGCAUGAUGUCACAAAAUGAGCUGGGAGACGAACAUUUGACGUCAAUAAAAUUGGCGUCAAUUGAAGGAUGUGCAUACGCACACACUCUUGCAAAGGUGCGCAGACUCCUUCCUUUAAUAUAGAUAGCUAUAGGAAAGAUGACUUUUUAUAACCACAACAUCAUUCUGGUUAUGGCAAGAUAAAGUCUGUAACCAAAGCCUUCUUCUAUUUAAGUUAUAACGUUAAACGCUGGAGCCUUAUUCUGGCUAUAUUGAGUUAAGUUUAGUUACUGAAGCCUUAUUUUGGAUAGGUUGAGAGUUAAACUUUAGAGCUUUAAUUUUGUUAGGAUGUGAUAGUCUGGUGUAUAUUUAUAAAGGUUGUUGGAGAGAUUUUUUUACUGUAUAGAGCAUGUAAAUAUACUUACAGAAUAUGUUACUUAUAUGUGAAUGAUAGAACUGGUAGAUUGUAGAUAAAGAUGCCAGUGUCAUCUAGUCGUUUCUUACCUGAGCUCUCUAGUCACAAUGGGGUGAUGAACAUUAUAUUGGUUUUACAACUCUGGCCAAACUAUGGCCAAAACAAUCAAUGGUAUUCAUUCUGAGCUGUUUGUAGCCAGGUUUUAUAAAUGUAUUCGUCCAUCAGCUAAUUUUUUGACAUUGUAUAUGUUAAUGUGUCAGUCAUUCAGUUGACAAAGUCCUUAGUGCAAGAUGACAUAAAACCCUGCACAUUCAGUACUGCAGUUUUUUUAAAUUUGUCCUUGUUUCAUAAUGAAAAUAUGUCGGAUUUUAAUUAUUUUAGCACCUGCACAGUACAAAGUAAGUUUCUUUGGUAUACUAUUAUGACUAUCAAAUGCUGCGAGUUGUGUCAAAGACAGGGUAUAUCCUAGCUUGUCUGGCAGCUCCAUUAGCUGUGACUAUCAAUUUUUUACCUCCUACAUGUAAGUUUCAACAUGGACCACUCAUUUUAACAAGGAGCCUGAGUGCAAGACCACAGGAAUUUUUUUCAUUUGUUUAUACUUGCAGCAUGCAUUGAGGCAUCCUGGUUUUAUAAGACUCAGCAUGUAUUUGUACAUCUGAAUUGGGUCAGUACCUUACCUGUAUUGUUCUUCAGUACUAUGAAUUCAACAGACCCGCCCUAAUUAGUACUUUAAAAAAGUUUGUGCCAGAAGAAAGCAUCCAUUAACUUGUACACUUUGAAGGGUUUCUUAUAGCCGUCUCUGGAGUUUUAUUGCAUAUGGAGUUAUAUGUAAAUAGUUUUAUAUUUUUGCCCUACCCUAUUUCCUCUAAAAUUUGGAACACCUGAUCUGUUCAUUUUCGCCAUUAUAUAUGUAAUUCCAGCAGGAAUAUUGAGUUUCUUUUUUUUCUCAAAUGGUUAAACCAUCUAAUGAACAACAUACUCAUAUCUUUACGUUUCCAAAUGGCUGGUAAAAAAUCAUGUAAUAUUCUACUUUCAACACUACUAAUAUCUGUCACAAAUUUUAGAAGAAUUAGGGUAAGUAUGAUAUGAAAUGGAUUGUUAACAUGUAACAAGGUUACCUGUUUAGCUUGCUUACAUCUGCAGGAGUUGUUCAGGUGUUGUACUUUAGUGAUGAAUUGUUCAUAAUGCCUGAAAGAGGUAAACCUUGUUCACUUGUAUGUGAAUAUUUUUGUUUACACAAGAGGUACAUUUAUGUAUUCAUUUAUGUUCAUGUCAUGAAACAGAAACAAAAUGUACAUGUACUUCAAUGUGUGCACCGAUGGUCGAAUGAGGAACUCUUCAUUUAGCCACUGAUAUGCUUUCCAUUUUAUAUGUGUGUAGAAUGUAUAAACGACCACCUUAAUGUUAAUAGAAUUUUAAUGAUAUGAAGGAAACUUUUUGUCUGUAAAUUGUAAAUACAUUAUAUGUAGUUUGCACCAGAGUAUGUCUAUUAAGACUCGCUUAACUUGUGUAUGACUAUACAAAGAAGUCAAGAGUCUUCUCCCCACCAAGCUGUAAUGUAUGUGGCUUGUCUAUACCUCUAUAAUGGCUUGUCUGUACAUCUUCAAUGGCUUGUCUGUACCGCUAUAAUGGCUUGGUUUGUGCUGACUCUUGCAGUUAGAUUUAAAUAUCUUGAUAGAUAAAUUAUAUAAUGGGUAAUAAUUAUUCCAUGUAAGAACUGAAUUAUCAGGAUGUGUUUUUGUUCUUGUCUUUUACAGAAGUACUCCAUUAUGAGAUGUGGCUGAAAUGAAUAUGUUCUUUGGCAACAACAUCAUUAUUUUCUUUGCCAAACUUUGGAAACAUAAGUUUAUUUAUUUAUUGAUAUGAUUGGUGUUUUACCCUGUACUCAAGAAUAUUUCACUUAUACCACAGCAGCCAUCAUUAUGGUGGGAGGAAACCGGGCAAAGCCUGAGGAAAACCCACGACCAUCCUCAUGUUGCUGGCAGACCUUCCCACUUACUGGAAACAUAAGAGCUUAAACUCUUUGCAGUAUCCUUCCUUAUUUAUUGUCCUGUUGUUCACUUACACCUUGCUCAGUGUUGUGACCAAACCUGUUGUUCUGAGCUGUUUAUGUAGCAUUGAUCUUAGACUAAUAUGUUCUAGGAUAUAAAAUAACUGA